GCGUGGACCCAAUGGGGUGUGCAACCAAUGGGCACCCGGCCAAGCGGUGGGAUCCGUUGGUGUCCGACUCCUCCCAUUUAGGGUUCGCAUUUUGUAGACUCGGGUGUCACAGAUUGGGCGGUUCUCCCUCCCGGGCCGAGGCGAGGAGGAACAGUUGUUGCCGAGGCGAAAGCUAGUAGAUGGUGAAGGGGGCACCAGGGCCGUGGAGUCUUGGUGGCUUGGUUUCGGAGAGGAGCCUGACCAGCUGGGGAAUCCAGCCUCGCUAACGGAGCGGGCGGAGUACAGCCCUCAGGUCUGGCGGGCGGCGUGGAAAACGCAGUGGAGCCAGUGCAGCGUAGGCACAGCCGUGGGUGGCCCCCGACGGGUCCUCCGGCCCAGGACCUGGGAACGCGGUGGAGCUCAGCCGCGUGGAUCCUAGCCCUUGCUACCUACCAUCUCCUUUCACCCACGUGCAGUCCGGGGCUGGAGAGGGGACUGCGGGCGCACUGAGUUCUCAACUACUAUUUCCGUGUACCUCACGUUGUACACCUUACUGUGAGAUGAUUCCUAAACAGCUGGGAACCCGAGGCUGUAAAAGGGGCUGCAGGAAAUGGACUGCAGUAUAAAAUCCAGAAGCAGAACUUGAAGGUUUAACCACUCACCCAUUUCACAGAAUGUUUCAUGAAUUCAUGGACGAAAAGAUGGAGUUGGUAUUUAUUUUUAAAAAGAUACUGUCAGUGAUCUGAUACAACUAUAAAUACUUAAUUGAUGAAGAUUCAUGGACUUGUCAUUAUGUUGGACUAGUCAUUUCUGAAAGUUUCUUCAACCACAAUUUCUAUUUGAAAAUUCAAGUUUCAAAGAAUAUUCGAUUUAGAAUGAUAUGAUGAUGUAUUUACUCUGAGGACUACAAAUUUCAUAGAGACCAAGGUUGGAGUCCAGUUACAUUCUUCAAUCGAAGUGAUUCAGUCCUUUGAUAAAGUUAAUUUUGAAGAGUUUUAUGUUAAUAAACGACACCAAAAGAUGGGAGAAAAAAAUGGUGAUGCAAAGACUUUCUGGACGGAGCUGGAAGAUGAUGGAAAAGUGGACAUCAUAUUUGAGCAAGUGCAAAAUGUGCUACAGUCACUGAAACAAAAGAUCAAAGAUGGGUCCGCCACGAAUAAAGAAUAUAUCCAAGCAAUGAUUCUAGUGAAGGAAGCAACCAUAAGUAACAGUUCAACAUUGGUAAAGGAUCAUAAGCCUGUGACCCAGAAAGAACAGGAAAACAAAUCAAGUUCGUUGCCCUCUACGUCAUAUGAAGACUCCUUUCCAGAAGACUGUACAGUUCUAUCUACAAAAAAUAAGGACAUUCUCUCUCUGGAAAAUAAAGCUGCAGACUUUAGAGAAAAAGAAUCAUCUCUGAAUUUAUCUUACCAAAGUCAUGACUGCUCUGAUGCCUGUCUAAUGAAAAAGCCACAAACCUUCAAGGGAGAAAACCCUCUACAGCUACCAAUCAAAUGCCACUUCCAAAGACGACAUGCGAAGACUAACUCUCACUCUUCAGCGCUCCACGUGAGUUAUAAAACCCCUUGUGGAAGGAGUCUACGAAACAUGGAGGAAGUUUUUCGUUACCUGCUUGAGACAGAGUGUAACUUUUUAUUUACAGAUAACUUUUCUUUCAAUACCUAUGUUCAGUUGACUCGGAAUUACCCAAAGCAAGAAGAAAUUGUUUCUGAUGUGGAUAUUAGCAAUGGAGUGGAGUCGGUGCCCAUUUCUUUCUGUAAUGAAAUUGACAAUAGAAAGCUUCCAUACUUUAAGUACAGAAAGACUAUGUGGCCACGAGCGUAUUAUCUAAACAGCUUUUCCAACAUGUUUACUGAUUCAUGUGACUGUUCUGAGGGCUGCAUAGACAUAACAAAAUGUGCAUGUCUUCAAAUGACGGCAAGGAAUGCUAAGACUUGCCCCUUGUCAAGUGAUAAAAUAGCCUUUGGAUAUAAACAUAAAAGACUACAGACACACAUACCUACUGGCAUUUAUGAAUGCAGCCUGUUGUGCAAGUGUAAUCGACGAAUGUGUCAAAACCGAGUUGUCCAGCAUGGACCUCAAGUGAGGCUGCAGGUGUUUAAAACCGAGAAGAAAGGAUGGGGAGUGCGCUGCCUAGAUGACAUCGACAAAGGGACAUUUGUUUGCAUUUAUUCAGGAAGAUUAUUAAGCAGAUCUAACACCGAGAAACCUGAUGCUGUUGAUGAAAAUAGAAAAGAAGGAAAUAUUAUGAAAAAUGUGUUUUCAAAAAAGAGAAAAAUAGAAGUUGCAGAUUGUGAGGUUGAAGUUAUCCCAUUAGAAUUGGAAACAAAUCCUAGAAGUGCUAAGACUGAAGAGUGUCCACCUAAGUUCAAUAAAAAUCCAAAACAGCCUGUUACAGAAAUGAAAUGUAACACUAUUUCAAGAAUUCCGUAUCAUUCAGUUAUUAGAAGUCCGAAAGCCAAGAUAGCCAUUAUUCAACCCAAUGGGAAAAAGAUGGGAUUUGCUUCCUCGGAAUAUGUCACCUCUGAAGAUGAUGGAUUUAAACCAACCCAAGUGCAUCUGAACUCUAAAGCCAGGGAAACAAAAAUGGACUCAAGCUCAAAACAAGUAGAAGAUUCUGAGGACAAUCUGCGGAUUGAAUCAGACGUGAUAGAUACAACUAAAUGUAGAGAAGAAACGCCACCCGAAGGCGGAUGUAACCAAGCAACCACAUCGGAUAAUCGAAAUGCUCUGAAGGAGUUUCAGGUUCAAAUACUAAAAGCCCAAGAGAAAAACUCUCCAGCAUGUCAAAACCAGCAGGCCUUUUGUGAUAAACAGUUGCCAAGUGAAACCAAGACUACUGCAUCUGAUUCUUUGAAGAAGUUCAGUAAAGGAAAUGUGUUUUUACUGGAUGCCACAAAAGAAGGGAAUGUGGGCCGCUUCCUUAAUCAUAGUUGUUGUCCAAAUCUUUUGGUACAGAAUGUUUUUGUAGAAACACAUGACAGGAAUUUUCCAUUGGUGGCAUUCUUCAGCAACAGGUAUGUGAAAGCAAGAACAGAACUAACAUGGGAUUAUGGUUAUGAAGCUGGGACUAUGCCUGAGAAAGAAAUUCUCUGUCAAUGUGGGGUUAAUAAGUGUAGAAAAAAAAUAUUAUAAAUCUGUAGCAAAUGCCUGUUCAUGAAAUUAGCUUAUCAAGUUGAAAUUAGAGCCAUGCAAAAGAACCCUCAGUCAUCGGUGGAAUUUCGGUUGUGAUCCAUCAAGAGAAUUCCUCUGUAUACCCUUGUGGGGACAGGGGGUUCAUUUGUGUGACUUAAAAAUGCUAGGAACAAAAUGAGGACAUUUUCAUACACAUAGGUAUCUCUUUAUGCUAUUCAACUUUACACAAGUAGGAUGGAAGUGUAUAUUUUAUAUGAAAUGCUACUAUACAGUUUGUAACUUAUUUGUAAAUUAUAUAUUAAGAGAAACAUAUCACAAUAGAAUUCAGCUGUUGUUUUUGUUAUUAUUAUCUUUGAUUUCAUGCCCCUAAAGGGCCAACUUUCACGUCUUUACCUACAACAUUUAUUUAUGUUUAAUUUCUGGCAAAUAAUUUACCAUUAUGAGCCAGAAGGUGGGCAAAAGAGCCUGAGGAAUACAGCUCCGUGAACAGCUCCGUGAAGCACUGUGCCAUCAUUUGAAUGAGAAAGGGAGAGAAGCUCUCCUAUGGGGAAGGUUUUGGCAAACUCUUCCAGGUGAAACUUUGUUUCCACAAAUCCUUUUUACUCCUUCAAUACAAAUACAGACAGGAGGGAAUAGAAACCUGAAGGAGUUGGAAGACUUUUCUUCUAGUUAAGAGUGGAGCCAUAAGAAAAGGAAACCUGGAAAGUAGGUAGACUUGGCUUAUUCAGGCCAGAAGAGAUUGUGCUGGGCAAGAAUUU